AUGCAGAGGAGUUCAAUUUCAUCAUUGGAUGAUGCGAAGAUUGUAAAAGCUACACCAAAAGUCCAUGUGAAUGAAGAUGUGAAAAGCGGAGUGCAGAAAUUCUGUGUAAUUCUUCUCUCUGAAGGGGGUGGAGUUCAGGGAGACAUGGAUGUGCUAUGUCAGAUUGGUUUAGAUGGUAUUCGGAUGCUUGAUCCUGCAACAAACCGAACACUGAAACUCUAUUCCCUUGAAUCUGUAACAAGAUGGGAGGUAAUGGAUUCAAAUGUAUUUGUUUUCUGGACCAAAAGUUCCAUUGAUGUUGAUGAAAGACGUGUUAGACUAAAGUCAAACAGUUAUACCACAACCAAUAUCCUUGACAUGGUAGUUGCUGCAAGCAUUCAGCUCAAGGAGAUGGAAGAAGUAACAAUCUCUGAACAACCAACUGAAAAGAAGAAAGUCUUCCCUGAUUGGAAAAACUUGAUUAAGCCUGGAAAUGAAGAAAAAGAUCAUUGGGUUCCAGAUGAAGCAUCUACUAUUUAUUUAUUUAUUUAUUGUAGAAUUGCUCUCACAACAGAGGAAAAUGCUCAACAAGUUCGAGUUUGUGACCAAUGCAUGGCUGAAGUUACUCAGAGGCUGAGUCAUGUGAAUGGGGUGGCAGGUAGAGGUUCUUCUGGGUUUAAUAGGCAUGAAGAUCUUACAACAUUCUACUGGAAUGGAAUCUUGAAUUCCGAUUCUGUCAGAAUAAAAUCUUGA